AGAUUCAUAAAACAGUUCUCUAACGGGAUCAUGGAUUUCGAUUCAGUGCUUCCAGAAGUCGGCGGAUUUGGAUUGUACCAAAAACUCGUGAUUUGUGUUUUGCUGCUUCCAGCGGUAAUUCCAUGUGCUUUUCAUGCUUACAGUCAACUGUUCAUUGCAGCGAUACCUAAUCAUUGGUGUAGGAUACCGGAGCUUGAGCGAUUACAACCAUGGGCUGCAAAAAUUGCCAAGGAAUUAAGUAUUCCUUUGGAGUGGAAAGAUGGACGUGCAAGAGCUGCUGAGUGUACUAUGUAUUCAAGAAACUAUACAAACAUUGCCAAACUAAUAGAUACUAGAGGCAACAGUUCAUUACUCUUGGAACAGUUUCCUGCAACAGAGAACAUUACGAGCUGUGUUCAUGGAUGGUCGUACGAUAAGUCAAUAUUCGAGUCUACUGUUGUUUCAGAGUGGAACCUAGUAUGUGGAAAGGACUUUUAUUCAACAAUAGCUCUUAUAAUGUUUGGAGUGGGCGGCCUGAUAGGAAAUUUCAUUUUCGGGUACAUGCAAGAUUAUUGGGGUCGCAAAUCCUCAUUCUUCUUAUAUCUCCUGAUAGAAAUAGCUGCGUGUGCAUCAGGAGUAUUAGCAUGGAAUUUUGAGUCAUGGCUAGCAACUCGAUUCAUUGUUGGGCUAACAGUACCUGCAAUUUUAUCAAGUCCUUAUGUGUUAGCUAUUGAACUAGUUGAGCCAAGAAAACGUGACUUCUGUACCAUAGUAUCAAACAUAGCAUACUCGAUUGGUUUAAUAUUACUAGCUGGAGUCGUUUAUUUUUUUCGAGACUGGAGAUCAUUAUCUUUAGCUGUGUCACUUCCGCUUCUGCUAUUGUUUGCUUUCUAUUGUUUCAUACCUGAAUCACCUCGCUGGCUAGUGGCUCGAAACCGAUUCAAAGAUGCAGCACAAGUUAUGACAACGAUGGCAAGACUGAAUGGCAUGAACAUUCCAUCAAAUUAUGAAAAUACCCUAAAAUCUAAAUUCAACGUGCCUGCAGACAUGAAUGAUUGUUCAACACACAAUUACGGUAUAAGGGAUUUAUUUUCCGGUCGACAAAUGGCGCGAAAGACAAUCAUUAUUACGUUCAUCUGGUUUACCAACACCAGUGUUUAUGUUGGUUUAAGUUACUACGCACCUGCUCUUGGUGGAGAUGAGAUCUUUAAUUUUUUUCUAGCUGGUUUGGUCGAACUUCCCACUUAUAUCAUACUAUGGCCCAGUAUACAUUACUUUGGGAGAAGAUGGAUUCUCUGUGUUUCUAUGAUAGUAGGUGGAAUAGCGUGUCUAUUCACCUUCAUUUCACAGACUGAUCGAAUCACUACUCUUGCUCUCUACUGUGUGGGUAAGAUGGGGAUUUCUUCGGCAUUUGUUAUUUUACCUCUUACGGCCUCAGAGCUAUAUCCAACAGUUGUGCGCGGCUUGGGAAUGAGCUUCAGUUCGGUAAUUGGAAUGAUUGGUCCUAUUGUUAUUCCAUUGAUCAAUUAUACGGGCAGUGAACUUACUGUUUUUCCCCUUAUCAUCAUGGGAGUGCUACUGAUAGGAGGAGGAUGUGCUAGCCUCUUCUUGCCUGAGACUAAAGGUGUUAGUCUACCACAAACUCUAACUGAUGGUGAACGAACGGUAUUAUCUAAUCCAUUUCGAUAUUCUUCAAGAAUAAGCAAAAUUUGAUAAAGUAAACAAUAGUAUUUGUUAACUCAUUUGCUUUGAAAGAACUUAUUUUAUUAGAUGAACGAUUAUAAUUUUAUGUGAUUAGUGAAAUAAACUCCAUA